UUUUGGAAGAAGCUUCCAACCCAUACUAGGCGGGGUCGCUUUGGGUUUUUUCCCCCCCUAGACGCAAUCAAAACGAAUGUGGCUAUCUAGCGGUAGUACGUUCAAUAGCCUAGACUGUAGUUCGGAGUAUAACGUGGAACGGAGGAAAGAACCAGAACUAUGACUUCAACAAAUAAUUUUCAAGGCAUUGAUUCUAGUGCCAAACCAAGCUCAAGGGUACUCCGACCCCCUGGAGGAGGCUCUAGUAACUUGUUUGGGGGUGGUGAUGAAGCAACUGCACCCACUCGAUCACACAAGAUGGCCUCCACCAUUUUUGCACCUCCAGAAGAACCUCUGGGAGGCCCAAAGAGGACAAACCCACCAGGAGGGAAGAGCAGUGGGAUCUUCGAUGACGCAAAGGCUGUCACUCAGCAGAGACCAGUUCCCUCUUCUGGGAAAGGCAGCAAUAUUUUUGGGGGGGCAGUUGAAAAUCUACCAACUGUCCGCAGCCACCCAAACAAGCCAAAGGACAACAUUGGCGUGAACGGCAAACCACAACCUGAAGCUCCGCGGCAGGUGGUACGCCCAGCGGAGAACACGCCAGCGCCAUCGACUCCCAGUAAGGAGUCUCCCCAGCCACAGGCAGGCCCGUCUCCGCCUCAGCCCACGGGGGACAGCCACGAACCCCGGCUGGGACCCAUCCCUCGGUCCCACAACAAGGUCAUCCACCCCCCCGGGGGCAAGUCCAGCGUGGCCUUCUAUUGAUCGCCUCCACCAGCCCCCCAUCUCUCUUAUCUACAGCUGUCCUUUGCACUUUCUCUUUUCUCUGCAGUGAGGAAUUUUCUGAAAUUACUGACCAAAGGCCUGUCUUUGUGGUGCUAUAGGAAUGGCUUCAAAAGGCCAAAUUCAAAUUUCAAACCUUUCUCUUGUGAUUCCUGUCAAAUGGGUGUUGAUUUGGAUGAUGUCUUCACCGUUUUUAACAUACACUGAUUUGACAACCAGACAGAAUUGCAAAACUUUCAUUCAUGCAGUUUUAAAAAUGAAGAUCUUCAAUGUACUUCAAAGGGUUCACUUUCCCUCUCCCAUCCAUCCCCAGAUAAGACUGUGCCAAGGUGUCAGUUUAAACAACUCCAUGGCCUUGUUUUCCUCACUUGCAAAACUAAUCCAGCUGAACCAAAUAAUAUCUUUUCAAAUCUAUGUGUUGAAAUAAGAACAAAGAAAUGUUUGAUUUGAAGUGUUUUUCCUCUGACCGCCAUCAUGUAUUUUUAGUCUUACGCUAGUGUAGAGCUCCAUUGUGUGUCUCUGUCUUGUUCUGUUGUUAAUGUGAAAAAAGUUCAGGGAAGCAACACCAAAAAUGAACGAGAAAAAAAAAAAAAAAAAUCAGUGGGUAGCCAACCUACAAAAUGGAAUUCUUUAUACUUCCUUUUAUCGUUGGUCUUACAUAUGGGAAAAUAAGCCAAUACCUAUUAUGUAGGAUCUCCCAUUUCUACCAUUGCUGGUUCUACUAAAGAAUGUGGUAUUAAAACUCGGAAAGGCAUUUUAUGUUUUAAAUUAAAACUGCAAGACAAAUGUGAACUCUCAAAGGUGGGUGAAAAAAUAAAAAAUAAAAAUCCUAAAUCGAACAAGAUGAGGAUUCCUCGGUAAGUAGGAAGUCUCACUGUGUGCUGGUGUUCCAGACGUGUUCCAGAUGUGUUCACUCUUACCAGCCUAAGUGCCAGCCUUUUCCAUGCGUGCCUUUUCUACAUGCAACUGUGCCUGACGGGCAAUGAGUAGUGCAGGAGGAGUGAAAUCCCUGUGGUCUGUGUAUUGCAAUAAAAUGGUUGUAUUAAA